AUGGAUUGCAAUAAUGAAUAUUUUACCAGUUAUGAGGACUUAGAAAUACACAGGCUUAUGCUCGAUGAUUCUUCAAGAACAGAAACUUAUAGAAUGGCUAUCGACAAUAAUAAGGAAUAUUUUAGAAAUCGAGUUGUUAUGGAUGUCGGAUGCGGUACGGGGAUUUUAUCCUUAUUUUGCGCGCAAGCUGGAGCAAAAAAAGUAUAUGCUGUCGAAGCAAGUAAUAUAGCAAUAAUAGCGAAAGAAAUCAUAAAAGAAAACGGUUUUGAGAAUGUAGUAGAGGUUAUACAGGGUAAAGUGGAAGAUAUAGAAUUGCCAAAUAAUAUCAAAGUUGAUGCUAUAGUCUCUGAGUGGAUGGGCUUUUACUUACUUCAUGAAGGAAUGUUAAAUUCAGUACUAGCUGCUAGAGAUAAAUUUCUUAAAAAUGGGGGAGAAAUGUUUCCAGAGUCUGCUACAAUGUAUGUUGCACCAUGUAGUGUUCCAUCUUUAUAUCAUAAAUGGAAGGAAUUUCAUGGGGUAUCAAUGGGUGCAUUUGCAAAAUAUUUAAGAAUGGAAAAGCACAACAAACCUGAGAUUAUGCAAGUGCAAUCAGAAGAUUUAUUAGGUGACAAAGUUUCAUUUGGUUGGAUAAACCUAAAAGAAGACAAUGUAACAGAUUUGCAAACAUUUAAAAUUGAACAUGUUGUGGGUGUAAAUAGGAAUGGAAAAUAUCAAGGAUUAUGUAUUUGGUUUGACUGCACAUUCCCACAGCUCUCUGAGGAAUUUGAACAAAUUGUGUUAAGCACAAGUCCUCAGAGCCCAAGUACACAUUGGAAACAAACCGUUAUAUUAUUACCGGAGGAACAAGACGUGGAGGAUGGAGAGCCAAUAGCAUUUCAACUAGACAUGUUUAGAGACAAUUUAAAUGAAAGAAGAUAUAACAUACAAGUUUCUCUGUUGGACCCAAAUGAGGUGGAACACCCAGUGCCAUGUUCCUGUGAUAUGACAAAAUGUAUUUUAACCAAAGCAUUUAUCAUGCAACAAGUUGAACAGCCAGUACAAAAGAUAACACAUGAGGAAAAUUCUAAUAAUAUUUUGGAAUAUGAUGAUAUAGAUGAC